AUGGUCCGUACAACGAUAGCGUGCUCAUGGUGCCGCUAUCCUGGCAUUGGUUACUAUCUAUUGUCCGGACCAAUAGUCUUUAUCUUGUUAUCUCGGAGAUAUUGCAUCAGCCACGGCGCCGCAAGGCAAGCUUUACUAGCCUUCAAGCCCUCCGUUGCCUUCAAGCCCUCCGUUAACCUUCUUGUCUUACUUCUGCCUCGGUACUUCUCGGUACUUGCGGCGGCUAUGAGGAGAUCCAAAAUAAAGUGUGUGCAUCUGGGAGAGCCACCAUGUCGUAAUUGCCUCAAGAGCAACAGGCUAGAAGAGUGCCUUCUCACUGGCCCAUUCGAUCUUAGACGGCCAGGAAGGGAGACAACAGUGGUCACGCCCAAAACGUCUAAUCCCGUCAAACCGACUGUCUCCGAAGCUCCCAAAGUCAAUCAUGCCAUUUCAAAUCCCCAGCCAGUUCCACGCAUUGUUGUUCGGGAACCCUCAAUACCGGGGCAGACUCCCAAAGACAUCAUGCUGGGAACCUCUUCUCAGAUGAUCAUCGAAGUCGCUACAGUCUUUUGCCAGAAUUUCCCAGAACUAGCUUUUCUGCAUUUACCGACAUAUUCAGGGUCUUCGGACGGCGGAGAGAAAGAUUGGGUUCACAUUGCAGCAAUGUUUGCCCUGUGCCAUCGGCUUCUCCCGGGUCGGACACAAGCGAUUCUUCUAAACGAAGCAGACUACGCUUCUUAUGCUCGAGAUGGACUCCGUUCCAUCCUUAGCGAUCCUCCCCGUUUGGUCACUGUGCAGUCUCUUUUGAUCAUGUCGAUGUUUGAGUGGGGUGCUGGUAAUGGAGCGGGAGCUUGGAUGCACAGUGGUACAGCAACUCGAAUGAUGCAGUCGAUCGAUGCCAUGAAGUCGGAUUCAAACCGCCAUGGCAGAGAUGGUGAGAUACAUAACAGAACUUUCUGGGCUUGCUUCGUAAUGGACCGUCUGAUAGUCUGUGGGAAGAGCCAACCAUUGGCUCUACCGCUUGAGAAAAUGGCAAUCGAUAUGCCGAUUGGCGAUCAGGACUUUGCGUUCGGUGGGUCAUCAAGGAUCGGAAGGACUUUGGCUGCAGGUGUGCCGGUAUCUCCUUCAGGAAUAUACACCAUGAACGAAUACUACUGGAUCUUGAUCAAAGGCUUCGAUAUCUGGUCCAAAAUUCUAGAUCUCAUCAUCAGCGGCGGUAGACGGCUACCAGAUAUGUCGAAGCCAGAAAAUUGCCCUUGGGUUCGUGGAUCACCCUGGAGAGUUCUAUACGAUAGCCUCGAAGAAUGGCGAGGUCAGCAAUCCGAGAGGCUUAGAUAUUCCGAGACUGGUAUUGCUGUGCAUGUUUCUCUGGGAUGCGGUGAAAAGUUUGCGUUCGUGAACUUGCUUUAUUACGUUAGUGUUCUAUUCUUGACACGGGAAUACAUCCCCUUCCUACCAAACCAAGAGUCUGAACCUGAGGGGCCUGUCGAUCCGCCACUUUUAGAAAGCACUGCGCCUCCAGGCUGGUGGGAGGACAGAGCAAAAGACCUCUUUGAUGCUGCUGCUAGCAUCACAUCCAUUCUCCGACAGAUGGAACUGCUCAACACACCUUUCUUGACACCAUUCGCCGGGUUUUGCUCGUUCUCCGCAGGAACUAUGAAUCUCUACUCCGCAUAUUUUCCAAGGAUGGAUUUAAACAGGAAUCCGGACGCGUUCAAGAAUGCCGGGCAUAAUUUCGAGUACCUCAACAAGUUCAAGGUCAUUUGGAAAAUGGGCAAUGGAUGGAGCCAAACCUUGAAACAUACCCAAAACCUUUACCUGCGCCUAAACCAAGAUCGUGCGCGAUUCUUCGGGAAGACCAGGUCGGAUUUUACGGCGCUAGAAGCUUCGAUCCACGACUGCUCAGGAGUCCCCCCUGCUCACAGUGAAGAGGUGCCAAAUGACGGACAGUGUCCAAACAAGAUCGCAUCACCGCAUGUUGGAAAUGGGCCUCAUCAUGCAGCUGCUUUGAGCCUACAAGAGCUCUCUAAUGUAGGCUAUCCAUUGCCACAAGCCCAGGAGGUGCUGCCGGUGAACAUGCCGAUCGAUGGCAGCAUGCCGCAGAAUGAGCUCGUAGAGCACUGGGAGUGGCCGAUGUGGGGAGAGCAGCAAUUUUUGCCCUUCGCAGUCGGAGGUAUGCCGUUCGACUUUGCUCCAGAUCAACCUCCGUAUUGA